AUGCGACAUUUGACACGUGAAGAAUAUUUUUCUGCAGUGAAAGAAGCACAAAAGCCAAACAUGACACUCAGUGCAAUAGCACAUAAAUUGGAUUGCGAUCGUCGAACCGUUUGUCGUGCUGUCGCUCGCUUCAAUGAAACAGGAUUAUUGACUGAACAGAAAAGAUCAGGUCGGCCACCUUCUCUUACUGAAGGACAGCAACGUUCACUCGACAAGUAUAUCUCAAAAGAUCCAACUGCAACUUCUAAUCAACUUUCCAACUAUAUCUUUAACAAGUUCGGCAUUCGAGUUAGUGAACGUACAGUACAAAACUAUCGACGAGCUCUUGGAUUUUAUCCACGAAAACCACAAACCAAAGUCAAAUCAACACAAACUCAAGUCGAAAAACGUCAUUUAUUUGCAGUAGAGCAUCAGAAUAGUGACCUCAAAAAAUGGAUUUUCACUGAUGAGACACAGGUCCAAUUGCAUAACACAGGUAAAAUCGUUUGCGUGGAACGUGGAGAACUAUCACCUACAUAUGAAAUCUCUUCUCUUCGUGCGCAUGUCAACUUAUGGGGUGCAGUUUGGUGGAAUGGCAAAACGUUCGCAAGAUACGAUGGCUAUAUCAAUCAAACCUUAUAUCAACAUUUAUUAGCUUCUCAUAUUGGUCCACAUGUACAUAAAUGUCGUCGGUAUGCAGUGGCUCAAGAUAAAUUAAGAUCACAUUGA